AUGAAGAAAUCAACAGCAACAGCAGUUCCAUCUCGGCAACAUAAAGCCACAAUAGUGACUAACACAAAAGAUCGCCAACAAAAUCAGAAAGAAAAUCAAAGCAAUGAUGGCCAAACCGAUCCAUUCUCGUCCUUGGAUAAUUUUAAGAUUGAGAGUCGAAUUGGUAAAGGUCAAUUUAGUGUCGUCUAUUAUGCUAAAAGUUUAACCGAUAAAACCAAAUAUGCUGUCAAAAAAGUCGAUGUCUCCGAUUUAGCAAGUUCUAAAGCACGCCAAGAAUGCAUGAAAGAAAUUGAAUUAUUAAAAACAGUAGAUCAUCCCAAUAUCAUCAAGUACUAUGCAUCGUUUAUGAAAACUGAUUUUUUAUACAUUAUAUGCGAAUUAGCCGAUGCUGGUGAUUUAGCUAAAAUGAUUACUACCUUUCGCAAUCGCAAAUUAUAUAUUCAGGAGCACACUGUAUGGAAAUACUUUGUUCAGAUUGCUAGUGCAAUCGAACAUAUGCAUGAUCGCCGUAUUAUGCACCGUGAUAUUAAGCCCGCUAAUAUCUUUAUGACAACGAGUGGAGCGGUUAAAGUAGGCGAUCUUGGUCUAGGCCGAUCAUUUAGUUUUAAGACAACGGUAGCCCAUACUUUAGUGGGCACGCCGUAUUAUAUGUCACCAGAACGUGUUAAAGAAAAUGGUUAUAAUUUUAAAUCAGAUAUUUGGUCAUUGGGUUGUUUAUUAUAUGAAAUGGCCGCUUUAAGGCCGCCAUUUUAUGCUGAAAAUAUCAAUUUACUUGUCUUAUGUCAACAUAUCGAAAAGUGUGAGUAUCCUCCGCUGAGGAAAGAUCGCUAUUCGAGUGAUUUACGCGAUUUAGUCGAUGCUUGCAUUCAAAAAGAACCCAAUAAUAGGUAUGAUGCUAAAAUGGUAUUACAAGUAGCCAAAAUUAUGAGCAGUAAAGAUAAGACCAAAUUACGUUCAUGA